CAUCUCUCAUGCUCGCAUUCAAGAAGUCAAAGGCGAGACCAGGUCAGCGGGCGAGGGAAACACAGGAGGAGUCUGGCGAAGAGGGAAACGAGUCGCCGAUAAACAUAGCAUCAUCCAAGGCGAAGAACAAGGCGAAGAGGGCGAAGGCAAAGUCGAAACUCAGCUUUGGUGGCGGCGACGAGGAGGGGGAUGAGACGGAGACAUUUCAGUUGAAAAAGUCGAGCUUGAGUCGGAAGUUGACUCUGGGAAUACAUCCUGCCAAUGCCCUACCCGAUACCUUGGAUCAGGCAACCAUCGGUGCUCGUUCCAAUGGCGCACCCGUUUAUGACGCGGCACACCUGUCAGAGCUAAAGGCAAGCAUGCAGUCUACGCGACCACCCAUGCCCGAUCACGAGGUUUACGACGUGGACGUUUCAAUGGACGCGGAAGAUCGUGCCAUCGUGUCCCUCGACACCCCAGCGCCGAGCGGCGGUGUCUCGAUACCUACACAAUCGUAUAUUCAAACCGCAAAGGAGAAGCGCGAACGUCUGCGUGCAGUCGGUCCAGAGCAAGACUACAUAUCGCUCGCUAUCACGACACGCACGGACACAUAUCAAGGUCCACACCCUGAGAGUCGGUUGGUGCGUGAAGAAGACGAACUAGGGGAGGGCGAUGACGAAUACGCCCAGUACACGAGUGCUCAAGAAAGGAUCGCGCUUGGCAAGAAGUCUCGAAGGAUAGAAGCAAGCAAGCGAAAAGAUGCCAUGCAAGAAAUGAUUGCUGAUGCGGAUGAGGAUGAUGAAGAGACCAUCGAGUGGGAAAGAGAACAAUUGCGAAGAGGUGGUUUGGAUCCGUUUGCAAGAGUUGAUGCAGCUCCUGAAAAGAAAGUUUAUAAGCCAGCCCCUAUCCCUCCACCGACAAACCUACCUGAGCUGGGUCCGGCUCUCGAACGUCUUGCCCAGUCCCUUGCGGCACUAAAAACCUCUCACGCCUCCAACACGAACGCAGUAGCCUCGUUUUCCGAAGAGGAAGAACAGUUGGAUACUCGAGAAACGGAACUGCGUGACAUGGUUGCGCAAGCUGAAACCAAGAGGAGUUGGUUCGCUGAGUUCAAAGAACGGAUGGAAAGCGUAGCCACGUUUCUCGAUGAAAAGUAUCCUGAGCUCGAACGACUGGAAAGCGAACAUAUUUUUAUUCUAAAGAAGCGCGCAGGGAUGAUUGCGCGGAGACGCAAGGAAGAUGAUGAGGACGAUCUUUCUGUCGUAUUUGGCUCCCCCGCACAACGUGAGCCCCCACCGGACGAAUUCGAUGAGCUGGGUCGCGAUGUGCCCCGAGCCGAUCCUGUCGCGCUCAGGAAGGUCAGAAGGGUUGCACGAGUUGCACGACGUCAUCGCCGUCAGUCUCGGAAUGCAGUGUCAGAAGCGGACUGGGAGGAAGAAGGAUAUUCAACUGACUCCUCCCUUCCCCCGUCCGAUGCCCAAGACUAUCGAGCUGCCAUUCAAAGGAUCACUACUGGCGGGGAAGAGCUUCUCUCUGACGUGGCUGCAGCCGAGUUCAAGGACCCUAGUCUAGGGCUCGCUAAAUGGUUCGGUGAGUGGCGAAGUCGUUAUGGUGAUAGUUACACGGGUGCAUGGGGCGGCCUUGGUCUUGUCGGCGCAUGGGAGUUUUGGGUACGUCUAGAACUGCUAGGAUGGGACCCAUUAGAUUCAUCUGAUAACCUCGACGAUUUCUCCUGGUACUCGUCGCUGCACGAGUAUUCCCAAUCGUCGUACGAUGAAGAUGAAAACGCAGAAUUCUUGGAGCCACCUCCAGAUGGUGAUCUAGUAUCAGCUAUGAUCUCUACUGCGCUUGUUCCUCGUCUCUGCAAGAUGCUUGAGAGCGGAGGAUUUGAUCCUUAUUCUGUCCAUGAUGUCAGAAGAACUAUCGACGUCGCUGAACAAGUGGAAGCUUCCAUUGGACCAGACCACCACAAGUUUUUGAUGAUCCUCAAGUCAGUGCAUGGCGUAUUCGAGAACGCCACGAUCGCUGCAGAAGCCCUCCUGUCACCGUUCCUUCGAUUUAACCGCCCACUAUUCGACCCGGAGGCAAUUGCGGCUCGCAACCGGUUACUUGCUAGGGCAUCCAAGCUCUUCGACGUGAUGCUACGCUGGCGGAAAUUUACAGGGGACAAGCUUGGUACCGGCCAGGUCUGUGUGCGACUUAUUAAGAACUACGUGCUUCCGAUCGCGCGGAGUGGAUGGGAAGUUGGAGGUGAGGAGAAGACACGCCAGAUGGUAGCUGCGUUGCCCCAGGAUCUGGCGGCCUCAGUGAACCUCUGAUGCGGUGGCCAUUUCAUUGGUUGUCUGUGUUGUUCCUGUUGUAGACUUUACACCACUGAAUGAUUAUUUGCAUGAAGUAUGUAUUGUUCCUUUCUCAU